AUGUCCUCCUCGGAGUACGAGAACCUCAUCCGCGUCGUGCGCACGGACGCGGACGCGCGCCGUCGGCUCGUCCUCAAGGCGUGCUUCCUCGCCGCGCUCGCGGAGCACGCGCCCGCCGUCGUGAAGCACCCGACGCGAGAGAAAAAGUGGCGGAAGGGCGACCUCGACGCGAUCGCCGCGGGAACGCUCGCGCGCGUCAAGAACGACGGCCCGCGAUCGGAGCUGCACUGCGUCGUGGGCGUGGACGACUUCAACGCCAACCUGCGGUACGCGAAAGGUUCGCUCGUGUACCUGCGAGCGGAGACGAAGCCGCCGCUGCGCGUGUUACUGUACGCGUCGCUGCCUCCGCCGACGCGCGCGGAGACGCCCCCGCCGACGGUGGCGUCGGGCGGCGGCGCGAACGACGCCGCGGAGAGGGAGAAGAGGGCGGCGGCGGCGAACGCGGCGGCGGCGAACGGCGUGAAGAUCGUGGACGCCGGCGCGGCGACGGAGGAGACGCUCGCGCUCAUCGUCGCCGCGUUGUCGUCGGAGCCGCCGCCGUCGACGGCGGAGGCUGGGGAGGAAAAGAUCGCGACGUGGGCGUCGUCCAAGGCGCGCGACGCGCUGACGUUCGCGCACGGCGCGUUCUGGCACGUCGUGCACGACCAGCACGUCUUCGGCGCGGCGGUCAGGGCGACGGGGGCGGGCGGGGGGGAGGAUAACGAUAACGCCAAAGGCGGGGGCGUUUCGACGGACGCGGACCCGGGGCUCAGAGUCGUCGCGAGACGAGGGAAGCACGCGUUCACGAUCUGGCACCACAACGCGACGCCGCGGACGUAUUUACAGAUCGCCAUCGCGUCCGUGGAGUGGAUGUCCGUGUUCAAGUCCGCUCGGUUCAUGUUCGUGUUCGUCGUCGCCGUGUACGGGGUGUGGUACAACAAGUUCUGCGCCGAGGACGAAGUCAACGGCGGCGCCAGGGCGGCGACGUGGAACGAGAUUCGAAAAAACACCGGCACCGCGGGGUGGGAAGAGUUCGUGAACAACUCGCCGCUGAGCGCGCUCGACGGCGCGAUCGCGCACUGGGGGUGUAAGGCCGGGCCGAGCCUCGCGCCGGCGGCGGUGUUGGUUCUGAUGGGGAUGGCGGCGAGCGGGAGCGGGUUCAUGAACUCCAUCGGCAGAGCCGCGGCGAUGCGGAUGAAACGGCGGAGCGCGGCGGCGGCGAAGAAGCGCGCGUGA